CAGGGCUCGCAUGCUCGGUGGCUCGCCCUUACGCAGCGUGCGCCUUCUUCGCACUCGUCCUUCAUCUACGGCGUGAAAUCGACCAAGAUCUACUGCCGGCCGACUUGCCCUGCACGGCUUGCUCGACGAGCCAACGUCGACUUCUUCGACACGACCGACCAAGCACGAAGCGCAGGAUUCCGGCCGUGCAAGCGAUGUCAACCGGACAGCGCGAGUUUCGUCGGAGACAGAGAGGCUCUCGUCGCCCGGGUGAUCGCCCUCCUACGGACCGGCAAGGCCGACCCAGAGACAAAGAUCCGGAUCAAGGAUCUAGCGCAGGAGGCCGGGAUGACGCCGAGCUAUCUGUGCCGCGUCUUCAAGAAGACCAUGGGCGUCACGAUCGGAAUGUACAUGGCAGAGUUUGAGAAGGAUGACGGCAAUGCAGACACAGAGAUGCCAGCGGCCCCG